UAGUUGGGGUGGCCUACAGAGAGUGAAGGUUUCAUGCACAGGAUCAAAAAGCCACGCAUGCCUGCCUAUUCCACUACAACCUCGGUUCGGACUUGACUCAGCGGCAGGGAGUCAAAGAAAGGACAUAUCCGGGGCUCCAUUAGAAGAGGACGACCUACCAGGUUUCCCUCGAUUUAUUUCCCGAUUUGGUCCAUCCAUGCACCUGCUCCAAUAAUAUCCCCAUUCGAGCUUUCAUGCCAACAAGUAGUGCUGUUUGAACCGUGCCUGUCAUGUGAAGCCCACAGAGGCCAUGUUUUGAGCAUAAUGUGGAGAAAAGAGAAACGCCCAAGCAAGUAGCACAAUACUAAGAUCUGGUCCAUGUUCGGCUAUCUGCACGCACUCCUUGUCUCUCAUCCGUCGUCCACCACGCGAGAAGGGAAUUCUUCGUUAUCAUCUUGUGAGAGAGGAAAUCGUUUGUCAAUACAUACAUACACACACAUAACAUUGAACUAUUUCCCGACGGAUUGGAGGGUGAGAUAAGGUUGGCCAUUGGCUCCUCAUGCGUGCAUGCAGAAGGCAUUCAUGCCCUGUGGUUGUGUGAGUGGCUGGUGACCUCCGACCGAGUCUGUGGCUGAUGGCUGUGGCUGAGCCAAAUGGUGCCUGAUGAUUAAUUAGCCCGCAAAGAGUUCUGCUGUUCGUUCCUCCUGUUAUUGCUUGAAGACACUGAUAAUCGCCCCCGAUAGAUACACUGACUACUAGUCAUGACGAUUUCCACCCAACAUCAAGAUGAUUGUUCCCCAUGAUGAGGCCGUCGAGUCCAAUUUGAUCGCAGACCACACCCCGAGGAGCAAGAUGUCGUUCAAUUCCCGCUAUAAGGUGCCCAACACGUCUUCGUUGGUGUCCCGCUUCUUCAUCGAGUUCUUUGCUAUACUCAUCCUGGUGUAUCCCAUGCUCCACAUCUAUGUCUUUCUCCAAGGCGAUAUGGAGCCCUAUAAGCGGGGCUUCUUCUGCAAUGACAACUCUAUCAAGUAUCCCAACUUACCCGAGGAGAUCACCGUGGGCGAGUGCGUGCUCAUUUGGUCGUGCAUCGUCAUUUUGCUGGUGCCGGCCAUCGAAUUUCUGCACAUCACCGUUUUCGAACACUCGGAAGGACCGCGGGUUUGGCGGAUCCCGUGGGUCUUUAUCGAGCUUUAUCGAGUGUUGGGAUACUUUGCCUUGGGCGCUCUCUGCACCUUGUUGACCACGGAGAUGGCCAAGUACAAGAUUGGCCGAUUGCGGCCCUACUUCCUGAGCGUUUGCCAAGUCCCCUUGGACGAGGCGACCUGCAAGGAUGAGCACGGCAAUUACAAGUAUGUCAUCGACUAUGACUGUGAGGGGGAUGACCAUGAAGUGCGAGAGGCGAGCAAGUCCUUCCUGUCCGGACAUUCGUCGUUUUCUUUCUACUGUGCCGCCUUUCUCGUGGUCUACAUUCACGCUCGCUUAUCACGGUUGCCUACCUCGGAACCGAAGAAGCCCUUUCGCACAUUCAAGAUCAUCUUCCGAGGCCUCAAAAUCGUCCGCCCCUUUCUUCAGUUUGGCAUCUUCUGCCUGGCCUUCUACAUUGCUCUGACGCGGAUUUCCGAUUACAAGCACCAUCCCGGAGAUGUGGUCAUGGGGGCCUUCGUGGGGCUGUGCUUUGCGAGUAUCAUCUUGUUCUUCCUCAUGGAUUUGUUCAAUCGUCCUCGGGUGUUCAAGAUGGAGGUGUUGAACUCAAUGAUUGCGGAUAGCAUGGACGGAUUGCCACGAUCCGGCGACGCCAAUGGAGCCACACCCUUAAGAAAUAUGUCUAAUUCCGCCCAAAGCUCCCGGCAGAGGAGUCCGCCCGAAAGACAAACCGAAGCUGAUGAAGUGGUGGAUAUAAGUCACAUGCAUCGAAAUAGGGAAUAAAUGUUUGCAUGGGUCUGAAAUAACCCAGGCCUAGUCUCGGCCUUGAAACACUCGCGACCGAUGCAUCUUUGAUCACAUCUUCUAAGUCUGCAAACUUUUCUUUUCGUUCUACCCAUGCCCAAACUGCAUGGGCCAACUGAACCUCCGGUCGCCUUUUCUAAUAAUGAACAACUACCUGAUUUCCGCCUCCAAACUUGAUAGUUCAACGUCCCAAUAAUCCGACAUCAAUGAGUCGGUCAAGAUACUCCGAUCUCGGGUAGUUAGGAGCUCCGACCUUCAUAAUUUGUUGAUUAUCUAUAUACUCAUCGGAAUUGUUGUGCCAAUAAAAAAUACACAACACAUGA